AUGGCCAAAAGGCUAUUGCUCAAGGUGCUCUACGACCCUUCCAAAGAGGUCCUUGUGGUCCCAAAUAUCGAUGUUAUCCUAGUCCACGGCCUCGACGGAGACCCAACACGAACAUGGACUCACAAGGCCUCGGGUGUCAUAUGGCCACAGGAACUGCUCCCCCUCAACCUGCCGCAUGCGAGAGUCCUAUCCUUCGGGUACAACGGAGAUACGCAUCGCAACGAUUCGAUUGCCGGCAUUAGGGGCAAUGCUCGAGCGUUGGUAUCCCAGUUGAGAGGCCGCCGGCGCCAUGCGAAACCCGACAGACCAAUAGUGUUUGUAGCACAUUGUCUAGGCGGACUUAUCGUCAAACAGGCUUUGUGCUUUGCCAACGGUGAGAAGGAAUACCAAAACAUCGCCUCAGCGACUCGUACUAUUAUGUUCUUCGGCACGCCUCACUUUGGUUCUGACAAGAAGCAAUGGGAACUCAUUGCCAAAGCAUUCUCCCCACUCGACCGAUCAAUAGGAGGAAACGGGAAGAGCAAUGUUUCACCCCUCGUCAAGGCCAUGAUUCGUGACUCAGAUGACCUCCAGGAGAUCGAAGAAGACUUCCGCGAGAUCGCACCCAAGUACAAGAUCAUCAACUUCUAUGAGACUUGCGUAUGGCCUAAUACCAAGAAGUGUAUCGUUGACGAGACGAGCGCCCGCAUGAUGAUUGACGGCGAGGAGGCCGUCGCCGUCGGCGCUGACCACGUUGGCAUGUGUCAGUUCGAGAACGACGAAGACCCCGCCUUUAUUGAGGUGUGCCAGCGUAUCGAGGAUGCCGUUGGUGCCGAUUCUGAUGCCGACGGCGGACUGAGCGAUGAUGACGCUGAAGUAAGCCAUCAACAAGUCGAAGUAGAAGAAGUGAAUCCUCGGAGCAUGAGGGGCGGGAGUUCUGUUCGGGUCAUGAUGCUUGAAUAUACAGCCCCAACCCCGGACAUGAACGAUGCAAACUUCCUCCUAAUGCGGGAUAAUAAAGGUUCAGAGUACCGACAGGCCGGGGAUGCAGUCCCUGCAUACCGCCGUGUCAGACCCGCUAGGGAUACUACCACCACCAAUAGCAGUGGACGAUCGCCACUGGCAGAGGAGAGCGGGAGUUUCCUUUCGCGGCUGUUCGGGAAGAGCAUGUCAUUCAGCAGUGGCAGGGCCUAG